CAAAACAGAGAGCCUUGCAGACUCACUUGUGUGUGUGAUCCAUAACUGUAGUGCUUCUGUGUUUCUGCAGUUUUCAGGGGACACUACUUUCAGCUGAUCAUGUCGUAUCAGUACUUCAAUGCAACAAAGGUCACACAAUUCAUAAUAAUUGGGUUUCCAGGACUUCAGCCCAGUUAUUUUGGACUCAUAUCUGUGGUUUUACUGUUUGUUUAUCUGGCCAUUGUAGGAGGCAACAGCUUUAUUUUUACUGUUAUUGUCAUAGAGAGAAGUCUCCAAAAACCCACUUAUCUCCUGUAUUGUAACCUGGCAGUGUCAGACCUAAUCUUUGCCACCACCACCCUGCCCAAAGUUAUUUCCCGGUACCUGGCAGAGGACAAGAUCAUCUCUUUCUCUGCCUGUUUCUUACAGAUGUUCAUUAUCCAUUUAUUAGGGGGCUUCAAUUCAUUACUGAUGAUGAUAAUGGCUCUUGAUCGUUAUGUUGCCAUAUGCAACCCCCUCAGAUACCAAACACUUAUUAAAAAUUCCACCAUUCUGAUCCUAUGUGGCAUAUGCUGGCUCAUAUCCUUGAUCUGGAUGACUAACAGUCUUAUUCACUCAAUCUCCUUGCCCUACUGUAGCUCUAAUGUCAUUGUACAGUGUUAUUGUGACCAUAUUUCAGUAACCAGCCUAGCAUGUGAGAAUGCAAAGGAGGUUCAAGUCAUAAACUUUUCUUUUGCCAUCUUAGUAUGGCUGGCUGCACUUAUUUUUAUAAUAUUUUCUUACAUUUCCAUCAUUUUGUCAGUAAUGAAAACCGCAUCCUCAGAUGGAAGAUACAAGAUUUUGUCCACCUGCAGUCCACAGCUCUUCAUCAUAUGUCUCUAUUACAUUCCCCGGUGUUUUGUUUACAUCGCAAACACCAUAAAUCUCAACUUCAGUGCAGAUGUGCGCAUCCUGAUGAUCAUGCUGUACAGCCUCUUUCCCCCCAUUGUGAACCCUCUGAUAUACUGCUUGAAGACAAAAGAAAUCAAGGAUACUUUGGUCAGAAGGUUUAAAAUCAGAAAGUUUGGGACUGCAGCUGACAAUCGUUAAGCUAUUAUGCAGAACAUUAUGUAGUGGAAUAUGUACUGUGAUGUAGUGCAGUAAUGUUCCUUGUUUUAUGGAAAACAUGUCCAAUUAUAAAAGUGCAGCGUUGUUGUUAAAAUAUUAAUAUCUAUAUACUCAGUUAUUUACCAGUGAGAGUGGAGGGAGGUUUGGUUGAUCUCUUGUUGCCAUGGUGAUGGUUCCCCCACCCUGAACAGAAGAGCAGCCCAGCCAGUGAAACCCAACAGGCCUGUGUUAGCUCAAAUAGCCAAUAGGGUUUCAGGGUCAGCAGUUGGAAUAAACGGGACUGUAAAUUAGCUGCUGGUUGCCUGUGGUUUCAGAGUUUCAUACCUUCAUUUUGCUUUUCUGUGUUACAGGAGCCUUGCUGUUUUGUGAUUACCUCAGGUGUUUUUGUUUGUUGAAAUUUUGCUAUAAUGUCCUUAUAGCUGCUAUAAUGUCCUUAUAGAACUUGCCUCAUACUCCCAAGUACUAUUCAUUUAUAAACAUAGAUGCUUCCAAAAUGUAUCUUUGCAUUCCAUAAGGAAUAAUUGCUUUUUGUUCUGCAAAAUGUUAUUUGAACUGUAGUUUAACCAAUAAAGCCAUCAACCCAAAAAAUAUAUAUGGAAACAAACCAGACUGGAGCCUCUCAUGUAGAAACAUUGAAAAUAGUUACACAAAGGUCUGUAAUUUUUGUCUGUUCUUUGAAAAAUGUAUGAGUAGUUGAAAUGAGAUCUGAGUCAUUUGCCAUUAAAUGAAAAUGUUUAUUUUCAGUUACUCAAAAUGUUACUUUGUUUUGAGGAUUUUUAACCUGUUUCUUUAACAUGGAAAAAAUGCCCUGUGGUGUCACUCAAAUAAGUAUAAUGCAGGAAAUAUAAGCAUAAAAAUAACUGACUGAUGUUUCCCAUUUUUUGACAGAGGCCUGUUUUCCUUAAUGAAGCUCUUUUAUAUCACACAGGACGCAAGAAAUUAAUUGCAUUGCAUUUGAUGAAUCAUU